CGUUCCAUGGCCUGUGCCCGCUCCGCACUCCGCUCCGGGUUUGCCAGGCGGCCGCGACGGCGCUGGGUAAAAUGGCAGUGCUGAGCCUCGUGUCGGAGUGAGGGGGACUCGGAGGAGAGUGGGGCGCUCUAGCCGCUCAGUCCGGCCGCCCGCCCGCUCGCCCGCCCGCUGCCGCGCAGCAACCGCAGCCCGCGCCGCGGCCGGGGAAGGGAGGCAGGGCGCCCGGCCCGGCCUACGCUCCGACUCUACCUCCCGGCGCCUGGGCUGCUGCCGCGCGCCCUCCAGCCCGCCCGUCCCGGGUCCCCCUCCCCCAGCUCCCUCCCUCCCUCCCUCCCCGCCCCCUCCCCCUCGCCUGCCUCCCUCCCUCCCUCCCUCCCUCCUCCUUUCUCCGGCAGCAGAAAGCGGAGAGUCACAGCGGGGCCAGGCCCUGGGGAGCGGAGCCUCCACCGCCCCCCUCAUUCCCAGGCAAGGGCUUGGGGGGAAUGAGCCGGGAGAGCCGGGUCCCGAGCCUACAGAGCCGGGAGCAGCUGAGCCGCCGGCGCCUCGGCCGCCGCCGCCUCCUCCUCCUCCGCCGCCGCCAGCCCGGAGCCUGAGCCGGCGGGGCGGGGGGGAGAGGAGCGAGCGAGCGCAGCGCAGCAGCGGAGCCCCGCGAGGCCCGCCCGGGCGAGAGGGGAGGGCAGCCCGGGGGAUUCGGCCCCGGGGCGGGGUGGGAGGGGGGAAGAAGACGAAGACAGGGCCGGGUCUCUCCGCGGACGAGACAGCGGGGAUCAUGGCCGCGCAGGUCGCCCCCGCCGCCGCCAGCAGCCUGGGCAACCCGCCGCCGCCGCCCUCGGAGCUGAAGAAAGCGGAGCAGCAGCAGCGGGAGGAGGCGGGGGGCGAGGCGGCGGCGGUAGCGGCCGAGCGCGGGGAAAUGAAGGCAGCCGCCGGGCAGGAAAGCGAGGGCCCCGCCGUGGGGCCGCCGCAGCCACUGGGAAAGGAGCUGCAGGACGGGGCUGAGAGCAAUGGGGGUGGCGGCGGCGGCGGAGCCGGCGGCGGUGGCGGGCCCGGCGCGGAGCCGGACCUGAAGAACUCGAACGGGAACGCGGGCCCUAGGCCCGCCCUGAACAAUAACCUCACGGAGCCGCCCGGCGGCGGUGGUGGCGGCAGCAGCGACGGGGUGGGGGCGCCUCCUCACUCAGCCGCGGCCGCCUUGCCGCCCCCAGCCUACGGCUUCGGGCAACCCUACGGCCGGAGCCCGUCUGCCGUCGCCGCCGCGGCGGCCGCCGUCUUCCACCAACAACAUGGCGGACAACAAAGCCCUGGCCUGGCAGCGCUGCAGAGCGGCGGCGGCGGCGGGGGCCUGGAGCCCUACGCGGGGCCCCAGCAGAACUCGCACGACCACGGCUUCCCCAACCACCAGUACAACUCCUACUACCCCAACCGCAGCGCCUACCCCCCGCCCCCCCAGGCCUACGCGCUGAGCUCCCCGAGAGGUGGCACUCCGGGGUCCGGCGCGGCGGCGGCCGCCGGCUCCAAGCCGCCUCCCUCCUCCAGCGCCUCCGCCUCCUCGUCGUCUUCGUCCUUCGCUCAGCAGCGCUUCGGGGCCAUGGGGGGAGGCGGCCCCACAGCGGCCGGAGGGGGAACCCCCCAGCCCACCGCCACCCCCACCCUCAACCAACUGCUCACGUCGCCCAGCUCGGCCCGGGGCUACCAGGGCUACCCCGGGGGCGACUACGGCGGCGGGCCCCAGGACGGGGGCGCCGGCAAGGGCCCGGCGGACAUGGCCUCGCAGUGCUGGGGGGCUGCUGCGGCGGCGGCGGCGGCGGCGGCGGCCGCCUCGGGAGGAGCCCAACAAAGGAGCCACCACGCGCCCAUGAGCCCCGGGAGCAGCGGCGGCGGGGGUCAGCCGCUCGUCCGGACCCCGCAGCCAUCCAGUCCAAUGGAUCAGAUGGGCAAGAUGAGACCUCAGCCAUACGGCGGGACUAACCCAUACUCGCAACAACAGGGACCUCCAUCAGGACCGCAGCAAGGACAUGGGUACCCAGGGCAGCCAUAUGGGUCCCAGACCCCGCAGCGGUACCCGAUGACCAUGCAGGGCCGAGCGCAGAGUACCAUGGGCGGCCUCUCUUACGCACAGCAGAUUCCACCUUAUGGACAGCCAGGCCCCAGCGGGUAUGGUCAGCAGGGCCAGGCUCCGUAUUACAACCAGCAAAGCCCUCACCCCCAGCAGCAGCAGCAGCCCUACUCCCAGCAGCCACCAUCCCAGACCCCUCACGCCCAGCCUUCAUAUCAGCAGCAGCCUCAGUCUCAGCCACCGCAGCUCCAGUCCUCUCAGCCUCCGUAUUCCCAGCAGCCAUCCCAGCCCCCCCAUCAGCAGUCCCCAACCCCGUACCCCACCCAGCAGUCCACCACCCAGCAGCACCCCCAGAGCCAGCCCCCCUACUCACAGCCGCAGGCACAGUCUCCUUACCAGCAGCCGCCACCUCAGCAGCCAGCAUCCUCGACGCUUUCCCAGCAGGCUGCGUACCCUCAGCCCCAGUCUCAGCAGUCACAGCAAACUGCCUAUUCUCAGCAGCGCUUCCCUCCACCACAGGAGUUAUCUCAAGAUUCAUUUGGGUCUCAGGCAUCCUCAGCCCCCUCAAUGACCUCCAGUAAGGGAGGGCAAGAAGAUAUGAACCUGAGUCUUCAGUCAAGACCUUCAAGCUUGCCUGAUCUGUCUGGUUCAAUAGACGAUCUCCCCAUGGGGACAGAAGGAGCUCUGAGCCCUGGAGUGAGCACAUCAGGGAUUUCAAGCAGCCAAGGGGAGCAGAGUAAUCCAGCUCAGUCUCCUUUUUCUCCCCAUACCUCCCCUCACCUGCCUGGCAUCCGAGGCCCCUCCCCGUCCCCAGUCGGCUCUCCUGCCAGUGUUGCUCAGUCUCGCUCAGGACCACUCUCGCCUGCUGCAGUGCCAGCAGGCAACCAGAUGCCACCUCGGCCACCCAGUGGCCAGUCGGACAGCAUCAUGCAUCCUUCUAUGAACCAAUCAAGCAUUGCCCAAGAUCGAGGUUACAUGCAGAGGAACCCCCAGAUGCCCCAGUACAGUUCCCCCCAGCCCGGGUCGGCCUUAUCUCCACGUCAGCCUUCUGGAGGACAGAUGCACACAGGCAUGGGCUCCUACCAGCAGAACUCCAUGGGGAGCUAUGGUCCCCAGGGGAGUCAGUACGGCCCACAGGGAGGCUACCCCAGGCAGCCAAACUAUAAUGCCUUGCCCAAUGCUAACUACCCCAGUGCAGGCAUGGCUGGAAGCAUGAACCCUAUGGGUGCUGGAGGUCAGAUGCAUGGGCAGCCUGGCAUCCCACCUUACGGCACACUCCCUCCAGGGAGAAUGAGUCAUGCCUCCAUGGGCAACCGGCCUUAUGGCCCUAACAUGGCCAAUAUGCCACCUCAGGUUGGGUCAGGGAUGUGUCCCCCACCAGGGGGCAUGAACCGGAAAACUCAAGAAACUGCUGUCGCCAUGCACGUUGCUGCCAACUCUAUCCAGAACAGGCCACCAGGCUACCCCAAUAUGAAUCAAGGGGGCAUAAUGGGAACUGGACCUCCCUAUGGACAAGGGAUUAAUAGUAUGGCUGGCAUGAUCAACCCUCAGGGACCCCCAUAUCCCAUGGGUGGAACCAUGGCCAACAAUUCAGCAGGGAUGGCAGCCAGCCCAGAGAUGAUGGGUCUUGGGGAUGUCAAGUUAACUCCAGCCACCAAAAUGAACAACAAGGCAGAUGGGACACCCAAGACGGAAUCUAAAUCCAAGAAAUCCAGUUCUUCUACUACAACCAAUGAGAAGAUCACCAAGUUGUAUGAGCUGGGUGGUGAGCCUGAGAGGAAGAUGUGGGUGGACCGUUAUCUGGCCUUCACGGAGGAGAAGGCCAUGGGCAUGACAAAUCUGCCUGCUGUGGGUAGGAAACCUCUGGACCUGUACCGCCUCUAUGUGUCUGUGAAGGAAAUUGGUGGAUUGACUCAGGUCAACAAGAACAAAAAAUGGCGGGAACUUGCGACCAACCUCAAUGUCGGCACCUCGAGCAGUGCUGCCAGCUCCUUGAAAAAGCAGUACAUCCAAUGUCUUUAUGCCUUUGAGUGCAAGAUCGAACGGGGAGAAGACCCUCCCCCAGACAUCUUUGCAGCUGCUGAUUCCAAGAAGUCCCAGCCCAAGAUCCAGCCUCCCUCUCCUGCGGGAUCAGGGUCAAUGCAGGGGCCACAGACACCUCAGUCAACCAGCAGUUCCAUGGCAGAAGGGGGAGACCUGAAGCCACCAACUCCAGCAUCCACACCACACAGCCAGAUCCCCCCCUUGCCAGGCAUGAGCAGGAGCAAUUCGGUCGGGAUCCAGGAUGCCUUUCCUGAUGGAAGUGACCCCACAUUCCAAAAGCGGAAUUCCAUGACUCCAAACCCUGGGUACCAGCCCAGUAUGAAUACCUCUGACAUGAUGGGGCGCAUGUCCUACGAGCCAAAUAAGGAUCCUUAUGGCAGCAUGAGGAAAGCUCCAGGGAGUGAUCCCUUCAUGUCCUCAGGUCAGGGCCCUAACGGCGGGAUGGGGGACCCCUACAGUCGAGCUGCCGGCCCUGGGCUGGGAAAUGUGGCAAUGGGACCGCGACAGCACUAUCCCUAUGGAGGUCCUUAUGACAGAGUGAGGACGGAGCCCGGAAUAGGACCCGAGGGAAACAUGGGCACUGCAGCCCCACAGCCGAAUCUCAUGCCUUCCAACCCAGACUCGGGGAUGUAUUCUCCUAGCCGUUACCCCGCGCAGCCGCAGCCGCAGCCGCAGCCGCAGCAGCAACGACAUGAUUCCUAUGGCAAUCAGUUCUCCGCUCAAGGCACCCCUUCCAGCAGCCCCUUCCCCAGCCAGCAGACCACAAUGUAUCAGCAGCAGCAGCAGAAUUACAAGCGGCCGAUGGAUGGCACAUACGGCCCUCCUGCCAAGCGGCACGAAGGGGAGAUGUACAGUGUGCCGUACAGCACGGGGCAGGGGCAGCCCCAGCAGCAGCAGUUGCCCCCGGCCCAGCCCCAGCCUGCCAGCCAGCAACAAGCUGCUCAGCCUUCCCCUCAGCAAGACGUGUACAACCAGUAUGGCAAUGCCUAUCCUGCCACUGCCGCCGCUGCUACUGAGCGCCGACCAGCAGGCGGCCCCCAGAACCAGUUUCCAUUCCAGUUUGGCCGAGACCGUGUCUCAGCACCCCCUGGCUCCAGUGCCCAACAGAACAUGCCACCGCAGAUGAUGGGCGGCCCCAUACAGGCAUCGGCUGAGGUUGCUCAGCAAGGCACCAUGUGGCAGGGGCGUAAUGACAUGACCUACAAUUACGCCAACAGGCAGAGCACGGGCUCUGCCCCGCAAGGCGCUGCCUAUCAUGGCGUGAACCGAACAGAGGAAAUGCUGCACACGGAUCAGAGAGCCAACCAUGAAGGCCCAUGGCCUUCCCAUGGCACACGCCAGCCCCCAUAUGGUCCUUCUGCCCCCGUGCCCCCCAUGACAAGGCCCCCUCCAUCCAACUACCAGCCCCCACCAAGCAUGCAGAAUCACAUUCCUCAGGUAUCCAGCCCUGCUCCCCUGCCCCGGCCAAUGGAGAACCGCACCUCUCCUAGCAAGUCUCCAUUCCUGCACUCUGGGAUGAAGAUGCAGAAGGCAGGUCCCCCAGUACCUGCCUCACACAUAGCACCUGCCCCUGUGCAGCCCCCUAUGAUUCGGCGGGACAUCACCUUCCCACCUGGUUCUGUUGAAGCAACACAGCCUGUGUUGAAGCAGAGGAGGCGGCUCACGAUGAAAGACAUCGGAACCCCGGAGGCAUGGCGGGUAAUGAUGUCCCUCAAGUCUGGGCUGCUGGCAGAGAGCACGUGGGCAUUAGACACCAUUAACAUCCUGCUGUAUGAUGACAACAGCAUCAUGACUUUCAACCUCAGUCAGCUCCCAGGGUUGCUAGAGCUCCUUGUGGAAUAUUUCCGACGUUGCCUGAUUGAGAUCUUUGGCAUUUUAAAGGAGUAUGAGGUGGGUGACCCAGGACAGAGAACACUACUGGACCCUGGGAGAUUCAGCAAAGCAUCUAGUCCAGCUCCUGUGGAGGGGGAGGAGGAGGAAGACCUUCUAGGUCCUAAACUAGAGGAGGAAGAAGAGGAGGAAGUAAUUGAAAAUGAUGAGGAGAUGGCCUUUGCGGGCAAGGACAAAGCCGCCUCAGAGAAUAGUGAGGAGAAACUGAUUAGUAAGUUUGACAGGCUUCCAGUAAAGAUCGUGCAAAAGAAUGACCCGUUUGUGGUGGACUGCUCAGAUAAGCUUGGGCGCGUGCAGGAGUUUGACAGUGGCUUGCUGCACUGGCGGAUUGGUGGGGGGGACACCACUGAGCAUAUCCAGACCCACUUUGAGAGCAAAACAGAGCUGCUGCCUUCCCGGCCUCAUGUACCCUGCCCACCAGUCACUCGGAAGUAUGUCACAGCAGUAGCGGGUACACCAGGGACAACAGAGCAGGAGGGCCCCCCGACCGAUGGCCCUCCAGAAAAACGGAUCACAGCCACUAUGGAUGACAUGUUGUCCACCCGGUCUAGCACGUUGACCGAGGAGGGAGCUAAGAGUGUAGAGGCCACCAAGGAAAGCAGCAAGUUCCCAUUUGGCAUCAGCCCAGCACAGAGCCAUCGGAACAUCAAGAUCCUAGAGGAUGAACCCCACAGUAAAGAUGAGACCCCACUGUGUACCCUUCUGGACUGGCAGGAUUCCCUUGCCAAACGCUGCGUCUGUGUCUCCAAUACCAUCCGAAGUCUGUCAUUUGUACCAGGCAACGACUUCGAGAUGUCCAAACACCCGGGGCUGCUGCUGAUCCUGGGCAAGCUCAUCCUUCUGCACCACAAGCACCCAGAACGGAAGCAGGCGCCACUGACUUACGAGAAGGAGGAGGAGCAGGACCAAGGGGUGAGCUGCAACAAAGUGGAGUGGUGGUGGGACUGCUUGGAGAUGCUUCGGGAAAACACCUUGGUCACGCUCGCCAACAUUUCGGGGCAGUUGGACCUCUCCCCAUACCCCGAGAGCAUUUGCCUGCCUGUCCUGGAUGGACUCCUACACUGGGCAGUCUGCCCUUCAGCUGAAGCCCAGGACCCCUUCUCCACCCUGGGCCCCAACGCCGUCCUCUCCCCCCAGAGACUGGUCUUGGAAACCCUCAGCAAACUCAGCAUCCAGGACAACAAUGUGGACCUGAUCCUGGCCACACCCCCCUUCAGCCGCCUGGAGAAGUUGUAUAGCACCAUGGUGCGCUUCCUCAGUGACCGAAAGAACCCGGUGUGCCGGGAGAUGGCUGUAGUACUGCUAGCCAACCUGGCACAGGGUGACAGCCUGGCAGCCCGUGCCAUUGCAGUGCAGAAAGGCAGCAUCGGCAACCUCCUGGGCUUCCUGGAGGAUAGCCUUGCUGCCACACAGUUCCAGCAGAGCCAGGCCAGCCUGCUCCACAUGCAGAACCCGCCCUUUGAGCCAACUAGUGUGGACAUGAUGCGACGGGCUGCCCGUGCACUGCUGGCCCUGGCCAAGGUGGACGAGAACCACUCGGAGUUCACGCUGUACGAGUCACGGCUGUUGGACAUCUCGGUAUCACCGUUGAUGAACUCAUUGGUUUCACAAGUCAUUUGCGAUGUACUGUUUUUGAUUGGCCAGUCAUGACAGCCGUGGGACACCUCCCUCCCUGUGUGCGUGUGCGUGUGUGGAGAACUUAGAAACUGACUGUUGCCCUUUAUUUAUGCAAAACCACCUCAGAAUCCAGUUUACCCUGUGCUGUCCAGCUUCUCCCUUGGAAAAAAAGUCUCUCCUAUUUCUCUUUCCUCUUCCUUCUCGCCCCUUCUUCCUCCCCAUCUUUCUAUUCCCUGUCCUCACUUUACUCCCCUCAGGACCCUGCCCUAUUUGAAAAGACAAAGCUCUGCCUACGUAGAAGACUUUUUUUAUUUUAACCAAAGUUACUGUCGUUUACAGUGAGUUUGGGGAAAAAAAAAUAAAAAUAAAAAUGGCUUUCCCAGUCCUUGCAUCAAGGGGAUGCCACAUUUCAUAAUGUUUUUAAUGGUUAAAAAAAAUUUAAAAAAAAACAAAAAAAAAAGGAAAAAAAAAAACAAAAAAAACCCUGAAGGACAAAAAUGGUGACUGCUGAACUGUGUAUGGUUUAUCGUUGUACAUUCACAAUCUUGCAGGAACCGAGAAGUUCGCAGUUGUGGACAAACCCUGUUCACUGGAGAGGCCUGUGCAGUAGAGUGUAGACCCUUUCAUGUACUGUACUGUACACCUGAUACUGUAAACAUACUGUAAUAAUAAUGUCUCACAUGGAAACAAGAGAAAACGCUGGGUCAGCAGCAAGCUGUAGUUUUUAAAAAUGUUUUUAGUUAAACGUUGAGGAGAAAAAAAAAAAAAGGCUUUUCCCCCAAAGUAUCAUGUGUGAACCUACAACACCCUGACCUCUUUCUCUCCUCCUUGAUUGUAUGAAUAACCCUGAGAUCACCUCUUAGAACUGGUUUUAACCUUUAGCUGCAGCGGCUGCGCUGCCACGUGUGUAUAUAUAUGACGUUGUACAUUGCACAUACCCUUGGAUCCCCACAGUUUGGUUCCCCUCCCAGCUACCCCUUUAUAGUAUGACGAGUUAACAAGUUGGUGACCUGCACAAAGCGAGACACAGCUAUUUAAUCUCUUGCCAGACAUCGCCCCUCUUGGUGCGAUGCUGUACAGGUCUCUGUAAAAAGUCCUUGCUGUCUCAGCAGCCAAUCAACUUAUAGUUUAUUUUUUUCUGGGUUUUUGUUUUGUUUUGUUUUCUUUCUAAUCGAGGUGUGAAAAAGUUCUAGGUUCAGUUGAAGUUCCUGAUGAAGAAACACAAUUGAGAUUUUUUCAGUGAUAAAAUCUGCAUAUUUGUAUUUCAAACAAUGUAGCUAAAACUUGAUGUAAAUUCCUCCUUUUUUCCUUUUUUGGCUUAAUGAAUAUCAUUUAUUCAGUAUGAAAUCUUUAUACUAUAUGUUCCACGUGUUAAGAAUAAAUGUACAUUAAAUCUUG